UAUAAAUUCUGCUCAUCGUUCUCUCAAAAUUCUCCCCCCUUCUCCCUCUAACACAAAAUUCUCCUUUAUAAUUUUAUUAAAUAUUUAUUGUUCAUCACAAUGGGCGAAGAAGCUAAAGUAGAGGAGGAAACGAAGCCUGAGGAGAAGAAGGAAGAGCCAAAAGCAGAAGAGAAAAAAGAAGAAGAAGCCACCAAAGAAGAAGAAGAGAAGCCGAAGCCGCCAAUGCCAUUUGUGUUGUUUGUGGACUUGCAUUGUGUGGGAUGUGCCAAGAAGAUUGAGCGCUCUAUACUCAAGAUUAGAGGAGUGGAGGGAGUGGCAAUGGACAUGGCGAAGAAUGAGGUGACAAUAAAAGGGGUGAUUGAGCCUCAAGCUGUGUGCAGCAGAAUCAUGAAGAAAACCAAGAGAAGAGCUAAAGUUUUAUCACCAUUGCCUCAAGCUGAAGGUGAACCCAUGCCGGAUAUUGUUGCUUCCCAGGUUAGUGGAUUGGCUACGAUAGAGCUCAAUGUCAACAUGCAUUGCGAGGCUUGUGCCGAACAACUCAAGAAGAAGAUACUCAAAAUGAAAGGAGUUAGAACGGCGGAGACUGAGCUGAGCUCCGGAAAAGUGACGGUGACGGGAACCAUGGACGGCGACCGCCUCGUUGACUACGUGUACCGGCGGACUAAAAAGCAAGCCAAGGUUGUGCCGCAGCCCGAGCCAGAGCCGGAGAAGCCGGCAGAGGAGAAGAAGGAAGAAAAACCGGCCGAGGGGGAGGAAGCAAAGCCGGCGGAGGAGGAGAAGAAAGACAAAAAAGAUCCGGCGCCGGAAGAGGGCGGCGGAGAAGCGGAGGAGGAGGAGAGGAGUAUGGAGGAGCAAGGGAUGUACAAAAUGAUGCACUCCUAUCAUUAUCAGCCAAUGUAUGUGAUUGAAAGAAUCCCGCCGGCGCCGCAGCUUUUCUCCGACGAAAAUCCUAAUGCUUGUUUCAUUAUGUGAUCAAAAAAUUGGAAUCUUAUUAUGAUUCUGUAUGAGUAUCUUAUUUGUGUUUUUGUUAUAAUAAGAUAUUACUGCAGAAUUUUCUAUCUUAAUUAAAUGUGUUUGUUUGUAA